CGGCCACGUGACUUCUGGGAUUGUUUGGAACCGCGCGUCUUUUGGUGUUGGCGGGUAUCAGUAGAUUCACUGCUGUAGAGCCUGCCGGCUGACAACAGAGCUACUUUACCGCUCCAGAUACUCCUUGAUCACGCUAUUCCUUACAAAGAAAAUGUCUGACUGGACCAGAGGCAGACGAAGUGACCCUCACAGCAGCAAACCUGAAAAUAGGAAACGAGGGGUCGACGGAAGCCUGCGGGCCAACAGAGAGGCAGGUGGUAGUGGUAGGGAGAACGGCGGCCACACCGACGGCAGCUACAGAUACUCUGAAAAAAGACAUGCUAGUUUCACCACUCCAGAGAGCACAGGCCCGGUGUCUCGCUGCAGCAGACCGGCUGACUGGGGCAGCCAGGUAGAUGACGAUGAGAUGAGGAGGGAUGUACACAGAGACAUGCAGCGUUACAGGAGGAGGAUACUGGGUGCAGAGGUCACCCAGAGAGAGAGAAAGACCUCGUCUGGCUCUUCUGAGAGCUGUGACUCAAGAGAAGGAGAAAACAUGGAGACCGAUGAGGCCGUGUUGCUACGGCGCCAGAAACAGAUCAACUAUGGCAAGAACACACUGGCCUAUGACCGAUACACCAAGGAAGUUCCAAAACACAUGCGUCAGCCGGGUGUUCACCCAAAGACUCCCAAUAAGUUCAGGAAGUACAGCCGUCGCUCCUGGGACCAGCAGAUCAAACUGUGGAAGGUCAAACUGCACGCCUGGGACCCCCCAACGGAGGAUGGCCAGGACAAAGUCCUUGAUAUUGAGGAGCUGGAUCUCGGUGACGUAAUGGACAUUGAGCUGGACUUCCCAACCUUGCCAGACUCCCAGAAUGCCCCAGCCUCUCUCCCUGCACGCAGCCUUUCACUGGAGGGCGAAGACUGCUCGGGUACUCCAGUCAAAGUACAGAAGACAGAAACCACAGUGGAGCCUGACAUGGCGUAGUUUGUCAUGGAAAAUGAAGGGAAAAAAAUGGUUUCGCUCCCCCAGCACUCUGACUUCUCACAGCCCACCGUGUCUCCCAGAAGGACUCUGUUCCAGGUUGCAGCUACUUGACGCUGCUGGAAGCAACUCUGCGCCCUGCACAGCUUCACAGUGCUGUGUCUGCGUCUCAGCUGGUAGUUACUAGUUCAACACUGUAGCAUCUUUAGUUUCCAUUUAUACUAGUGCUCCUUAAUCCAAUGGUUGGGACCUUCUUCUUUUUUCCAGAUCACUAAUCUGCUCAGGGAGUUUUUUGUUGUUGUUUCUUUUAUGGCAGGAUUUUACAGUUGCAUGUUUAAUCACGCUUUGGUCAGUUGAAAUGGUUUAGGAUAUGGUGUUCGCCAAACCACUUGUAGCGCCGAUCCGUGGCCUGGUAGGGCAGACGUCCAGGUUUGUUGACGUCCAUUAUGUGCAAAUGCUUGUACUCGCUAAAUGGAAUGAAAGAAUAGAUAGAAACUGACCAAACUCAAAGUGUUUUUCUAAAUCGUUUAAAGGAAAGGCAAACCAAAGGCAAAGUAUUUUCAUAAUUCAGAUUGACAAGAUUUCUCCCCUCCCCCCCCAAAGUAUGUACAAUUUUUAAAUACUGAA